AGUGGAUGCGUCAGUGUUGCCCGGGCGGCCGUGGGAGGUGGAAGUGUUGCUGGUCGGUCCGGGUUGCCGUGACCAGAACCGCUAUUCGCCAUGUUAAAAUUUAUGAAACACCAGCAAAAGUUGACGCCGGAGAGGAUACAAAAGCAGCGGGAACUGUUCGCCUUCAGUAAAGCGUGUUAUCAUGGCUUCCCUUCCAAGCCCUCAGCACUCGCCUGGGACCCCGCCCUGCGCCUCAUUGCCCUGGCCACCAAAGGAUCCGUCAUCAGAAUGUAUGGACAGCCAGGUGUGGAGGUGUAUGGACAGAGUGACAGGUGUGACGCGCCCAUCACCCGAAUCACCUUUCUGGAGGGACAGGGUCGUUUGGUGUCGCUGUGUGAGGACAACAGUCUUCACCUUUGGGAGAUGAAGGAGGCCAAGGAAGAGGAGGAAGGAGGAGGAGGAGGAGGAGGAGGAGGAAGACUUAGACUCGUGCACAUAAAAUCAACAUCUUUAGAGGGAAAGUUGAAGAGAAUCAGCGUGGUGUGGAGGGGGUGCCGGGUCAGGGGGCAGCAGCUGAUGGUGGGGACAGAGGGCGGGAACAUCUACCUGCUGGACCUCACCUCGUUCACCAUGUCCGACAACAUCAUCUACCAGGACGUGGUGAUGCAGAAUGUGCCAGAAGACUAUAAGUUAAAUCCAGGUCCUGUAGAGGCCAUCGCUGUGCACCCCAAGGAAGCAACGCGCAUUCUGAUUGGCUACCAGCGCGGCCUUGUGGUUCUGUGGGACACCAAGAACCUGUGUGCUGACCAGACAUACGUGAGCAGCCAGCAGUUAGAGAGUGUUUGUUGGCACCCUGACGCGGCCCACUUCACCACCUCCCACAACGACGGCAGCUAUGUGGAGUGGUCUGCGGUGGACUCCUCGCAGCCCUCGGACGGCCCACACACUGUCUAUGGGCCAUUCCCUUGCAAGCCCAUCACCAAGAUCCUGCGUCCGCCAGCCAAUGAAGGGCAGCAGUACAUUGUGUUCAGUGGAGGUAUGCCUCGUGCCAGCUAUGGGGACAAGAACACAGUCACAGUGAUAGAGGGAGAGAGGCACGUCACUUUCAGCCUCUCCUCGAAAGUCCUGGAUUUUGUCAUAGUGAAGAAUAAGGAUACUGGUAUGUUUGUUGUUGUUGUUGUUGUAGUAGUAGUAGUAGUAGUAGUGGUGGUGGUAGUGGUAGUGGUAAUGGAAAGCAGUGUGUGUGUGUGUGUGCGUGCGCCAACAACAAUCAAAACAAUACACAGAAUGCAAUUAAAACAAGCCAAAAACACCCACACGCGUCCCACACCCAUACACACACCUGCGCAUCUCUUUCAGGUGUGGGGUAGCAGCUUAGUGGUCCUGGCCGAGGAAGAAGUCGUGUUUAUCGAUCUUGAGACAGAGGACUGGCCAGCAUUUCAAGCUCCUUACCUGGCGUCCCUCCACUCCUCGGCCAUCACCUGUGCGUACCUGGCCGCUGGGGUGCUUAAUGAGGUCAUGGAUAAGAUUAAGGUGAGUGUGGGGGAGGUGGAGAGGGUGAGAGGGGUGAGGGAGGGGGGAAGAAGGACGCAGGACGCAAGCAGCACGCCAGGCUGUCCCUCCGCCCCUGGCCCGUGGAUGGAGGAAAGACUGCCCAAGGAGGAGGAGGAGGAGGAGGGGAAGAAGAAGAAGAAGGAACAAGAUAUUCUGUUAACUGGACAUGAGGAUGGCACGGUACAAUUCUGGGAUGCCUCAAGUGUGUCCCUGCAGCUCCUUUACAAGCUUUCCACCUCCCAGCUCUUUGUGUCGGAGGACCUGGGGGGGGAGGGGGCAGCCGCGGAGGAUGAUGAUUGGCCCCCGUUCAGAAAGGCCGGGCUGUUUGACCCGUACAGUGACGACCCAAGGCUGGGGGUGAAGAAGAUGCAGAUGUGCCCGUACACAGGCAUGCUGGUGGUGGCCGGGACAGCAGGUCAGGUGUUGGUCAUUCAUCAUUUCAGUCACUCACCAGCCUCUCGUCACCAGGCAACAGACGUCAACCUGGUGGCCGACACGGACAGCUUCGUAUGGAAGAGCCACAGCAAACUGGAGACUCGGACGGAGGCAGUGAAGUUGGAGGCUGGCAUGCAGCCCACCGCCAUCCUGCAGUUCUUCCCCCCUGCCUCUUGCACCUCCCUGGCCCUGCACAGUGAGUGGGGCCUCGUGGCGUGUGGGACAGCUCAUGGGUUUGCGCUUUUCGACACUGCACAGAACAAGAAUUUAUUAGCGAGAAGUACUCUUAGUCCUCUUGAUCUGGCCAGCACAGCGGACGAGGGCCCAAUGUCCCGUAGGAAGUCCCUGAAGAAGUCCCUGAGAGAGUCCUUCAGAAGACUGAGGAGAGGCAGGUCCCAACGAAAGACUGGGGGUGGUGGGCGGGGCUGGGGCCACCUCCCCCCCUGCCCACCUCCCCUCCCCCCAGAGGACGCCCCAAAGACCGGCCUGGGGCGUCUGCGGGGCUGGCUGCAACGUGGGGAUUCAGGAGAGACAGAGAUGCAGAAACCGGAGGGCGUCGUAGAAGGGGAAACUAAGGAAAGCUCCCUGAAGCGUUUGUUCCGCCGCCCACAGUCCCCUACACCCACCCCAGACCAGGCCGCGAAGGAUACUGGGGGUCCUGAGGGGUCUAGCCAGGUCCCACAAGCCAUACGACCUGCCAGGCUUUGGUUUACAAGGAGGAGUCAAAGAACCUCCGCCAGCCCCCCCGCCGCCCCAUCGCCAAGCCCCGCAGCUAGCCCCAUACCCAGCCCCGUGCCGAUCGAGGAAGGGCGUCUCAAGAAGUUCUUUAGACAGCAGAGUGAGGUCGUGUUGCGUCCCUUCACACGACGACAGGACCCGGCCAAGCGUCGCAGUGCCCCCGCCAGCCCCCCGCCCCACCCACACCCCCCCAAGAGGUGUCAGAGAUUGAGGCCCGGCACCCGUCCAUCAACACAUACAUCGACGACACCCCUACCACCCCCAAACGCACCCCAGAUUCCAUCCCCUACCCUGCCACAUAGCCCCUUAGUCCCUACCUCUGUUACCCCCACUGGUAGACGUAGCGUUGAUCUCUCCCCUACUAGUGCUGCCCCUGCCGCCCCUACAUCCCUCCCUGGCACCCUGACACGUAAGUUAACCUUUUCCAUACCCUUUGGUAGCUCCCGCGGUGGUGGCGGAGCGGAUGACGAAGCAGUGAAGCCGGUAGAAAGAGCAAUAGAAGCCCGGUCUAGUGCCCCAGAUUAUGUUGGUUCCAUGGUCCGCUGUCUUCACCUCACCAAGUGUUUUUAUUGCAAAGACCAAGCCAUGUCAGCCACACUCUGGGCCGGCACAAACAGUGGAUCUAUUUUUGUCUUCACCAUCGCCAUCCCACCUUCGGACAAACGGCAGGAGGUUCCUCUCACCGUGCAGCUGGGAAAAGAGAUACACUUGAAGCAUGGGGCGCCUGUACUUGGAGUGUGGGUGCUGGAUGGAUGUGGGCAGCCCUUCCCUCCCCCCAUGGCUGUUAAGAAGGACGUAGCCUCGCCUCCCUCCACUACAUUGCCUCAUAGGGUGUUGAUUUGCUCUGAGGAACAGUUUAAGGUCUUCACACUGCCACAGCUUAAGCCCUUCUGCAAGUUUAAGCUGACAGCACACGAGGGGUCCCGGGCAAGGAAGCUGGACCUGGGGGAGUUUGUAUCGACAGCUGAUUCCUCGUACAGUGAAACAUGCCUUGUCCUUGCCACCAACCAGGGCGACUUCUCUAUAUUCUCCCUGCCUGACUGUAGGAGGCAACUGUACGCUCCGUAUAUCAAGAAGGAAGAUAUUAGUGGCAUCAACAGUGUGGUGUUCACUCGACGAGGGGAGGCCCUGUACCUUGCAUCACCCAGCGAGUUAGAGAGGGUGUCCUUGUCGGCCAGGCACGUCACUCGGCCAAGAGGAACAGUGCCAGAUGUGAAAGCUGUUGCUCCCUUGACUGCCAAGAAGGAGGGACAGGGCCAGGAGAAGGGUGGUGACACAACUACAGCUACUACUACUACCACACCGCCACCAACCACCACCACCACCACCACCACUACUACUACCAACGCUGCUGCUGCUGCUGCUGAGUCUGCUGAGACUACCACCCUCCAGCUCAAGGAGCAGAAUGGAGAGAAGGAGGAAACUGGAGGAAAGGCAGGAGGAGGCGGAGGAGCAGACGCAGCAGGAGGAGGAGGAGGAGGAGGAGAAGGAGGAGGAGGAGGGAGGAAGGAGGAAGUUAGAGAAAAUGGAGACAACAGUGUUUUAAGUGGCGACAUUACGAUUGACUCUAUUCGCGACCACAUGGAUGAGGUAAAGGUGGCACAGAAGGUAGAGGAGCUGUGUGGGGCUGUCAACACCACCACCACCACCACCACUGCUGCUGCAAUGAGUGAGUCAGUGGCUGUGUUAAAAGCUGCUGCUAUUACUGAUACUACUACUACUACUGCUGCUACUGCUACUACUACUACUACUUCUUCCUCCGCCAUCUCAUCCUCCCAAGAGUCGCCAUCCAUACAACUAGUUGAGACUACCACCACCAUCACCUCCUCCUCCACCUUCUCCAUCUCCUCUUCCUCCUCCACCAAUACCACCACCACCACCACUACCGUUGCCGCUGCUGCAGACUCCGCCACCCUCAGCAUUGUGAAUGGCACAGAGACUAAAAGAAGAGCGCCAUUAGCCAAAGCAGAGUCGUUCUUCAGUAAGGAGCCCCGCGUUCCUAACUCAGAAUGAUCCUGCAGCUGCUACUACUGCAACUACUACUACUACUACUACUACUACGACUAUUUGAACUGUCACUAAUCUUUUCCUACUACUACUACUACUACGACUAUUUGAACUGUCACUAAUCUUUUCCUACUACUACUACUACUGCUACUACUACUACUACUACUACUACUACUACUGCAACUGCAACUACUACUACUACUACUACUACUACUACUAUUUGAACUGUCACUAAUCUUUUCCUACUACUACUACUACUACUACUGCUACUACUACUACUACUACUGCAACUGCAACUACUACUACUACUACUACUAUCUGAACUGUCACUAAUCUUUUCCUACUACUACUACUACUACUACAACUAUACUACUACUACUACUACUACUACUACUACUACUACUACUACAUAGUUUGUUUACCGAGUCUAACUUAACCUAACCUAAUAUUGACCUGACUUGCUGUAACCUGUUGUAACUUGUUGUAACUUGUUCUGAAUGUUUGUAAUUCAGUUUAGUGUUUAUUAUUAUUAUUAUUAUUAUUAUUAUUAUUAUUAUUAUUAUUAUUAUUAUUUGUGUUUUUGUUCUUUUUUAUUGUUUUCGUUCGUUUUUUUUUUUAUUUUACUACUACUACUACUACUACUACCACUACUCCUCCUCCUCCUCCUCCUCCUCCUCCUCCUCCUCCUCCUCCUCCUUUUCUUCUCCAUCAUCAUUUUUAUCACUAUUCUUCUUCUCUUCAACCACCACCACUGCCAUUCUCCUCUUCCUCCUCCUCUUCCUCCUCCUCCUUCUCCUCUUCCUCUUCCUCCUCUUCCUCCUCCUGACAUGAAAACAUUCCACUAAGUACUUCAAGAUUAGAUGAUAGAUAGGAGGAAAAGGAAGACCUCCUCCUCUUCCUCUUCCUCCUCCUCCUCCACCCCCCCCCCCUUAUAUAGAGGAGGGCAUGACCAUAUAAGGGUUAACGACCCGUAUAUGUAUAUGAGAAACUUGUUAUAUAUAGUUUGAUAGUCUACUACUACUACUACUACUACCACUCCCUCUCUCCCUCCAUUGAUAGUGUUUAAUUAGUUAUUAUUAUUAUUACUGUUAUUAUUAAGUAUUUUCUCUUAUUUUUUUCAUAUUAUUAUUAUUAUAGUUAUUUUUUCUUUUCUCUCUUUUUUUCUAUUCAUUUAUUUUUGUUUUCAUUUUUAUCUUCUUCCUCUUCUUCUUCUCUUUUUAUUGCAUUGUUUGUUUAGAUUACAAUGUACUGUACAGGGUGUCUCAGAAGCUGUGGCAGUCAUGAGGCGUUUGAGGACACAGACAUGGCAACACUGCUGGACGAGUGAAAGAGAGCAUCAGUCUAGCAGUGUUGCCAUGUCUCUGUGUCCUCACCCACCUCUGCCUGCCACACACUUUCUGACACACCCUGUAGCCGUUACUUCCAAGGGUGUUUUUGUUGUAAUUUGAACACCAGCCGGGGUUUUCAAAUGCUUAAGUAGAAAAAUAUACAAAAAAUAAAUAAAUAAGGAAGGAAUGUCAUUAUUAUUAUUAUUGUUAUUUAUUUAUUUAUUUAUUUAUUUAUUUAUUUUUAUUCUUUUUUUUUAAGGAGAGGGAAAAAUACUCAGUCAGUCAGUUAAUAUUAAUGUGUUUUGUAUAUCUUUUGACUGAGGGCUGUGUGUGUGUGUGUGUGUGUCAGUCAGUCAGUCAGUCAGUCAGUCAGUCAGUCAGUCAGUCAGAUACAUACAAAUGCUGUGAAGUGUCCUUUAAAUGUGUCAGUCAAUGUUUUAACUGAGUGACUGAUUGGCUGACUGACUGACACAAACAAACAAACAAAAACCCACAAAACGAAUCCACAAACUGACUGGCCUAUUAAGAAAACAAACAGACUGACAAACAAACAAACAAACAAAAAAUCAAGAGCAGCUACAAAGAAACAAAAAAAAAAAAAAACUAAAACCACAUUUUUUAUAUUUUUGCAUUGUAUUUUAUCUCAUUUUGUUUUUUCACCGUAAUUUUUCCACCAACAUUAAUUAAAUAACUUGUGGCAGAGUAAACGAUCAAACGAGGCAGAUACUUGAGCAUUUGGGAACCCUGUCUGACCGCCUAACGAUACCCAGAGUAAUUGUGGAUCUCAGCUGGACAUUAUCAUUAACUACUGUAAUGUUAACUACUGUCUAAAGAUCUCUAUAUUUUCAAAAGUUUUCCUGUUUUUUCUCUCGGCUUGUCUGAAUGGGCUGCAGUGGAAGUUAUUGGGGUUUUCAAGGGUGUUUUCAAGGUUCCAGUGAUAGUUUAACAGUUUAACAGGCUGCAGUGGAAGUUAUUGGGGUUUUCAAGGGUGUUUUCAAGGUUCCAGUGAUAGUUUAACAGUUUAACAGGCUGCAGUGGAAGUUAUUGGGGUUUUCAAGGGUGUUUUCAAGAUUCCAGUGACAGUUUAACAGGCUGCAGGGGAAGUUAUUGGGGUUUUCAAGGGUGUUUUCAUAGUUCCAGUGAUAAUUUAACAGUUUAACAGGCUGCAGUGGAAGUUAAUGGGGUUCUCUAGGGUGUUUUCAUGGUUCCAGUGAUAAUUUAACAGUUUAACAGGCUGCAGGGGAAGUUACUGGGGUUUUCAAGGUUCCAGUGACAGUUUAACAGGCUGCAGUGGAAGUUACUGAUAUUUUCAAGGAUGUUUUCUUCAUUCCAGUUCUAGUUUAAUGAGGAUUCUGUACUUUAAACAGACUAUAUAUUUUUUUUUUUUUUUUCUUAGCAAGGAUUUUUUUUUUUUUUUUUUUUAUAUAUAUAACAGGCUGCAAUAGAAGUUACUGGGGUUCUCUAGGGUGUUUUCAUGGUUCCAGUGAUAGUUUAACAGUUUAACAGGCUGCAGUGGAAGUUAAUGGGGUUUUCAAGGGUGUUUUCAUGAUUCCAGUGAUAGUUUAACAGGCUGCAGUGGAAGUUAUUGGGGUUUUCAAGGGUGUUUUCAUGAUUCCAGUGAUAGUUUAACAGUAUAACAGGCGGCAGGGGAAGUUUACUAAUGUUUUCAAGGAUGUUUUUAUCAUUCCAGCGAUAGUUUAAGGACACAACACCUUUAAACGUAAGGAGAGAGACUAAGGCUUUCAAGAACGCUUUUAUCAUUCCAGUGACGAGAAGAGACCCCCCCUCCUCCCACACCAGCAAAGAAAAACACCCUUGAAAGCCUAACCUAACCCAACUAAUAAUUUAUGUAGGCCUUGGAAAACAGCCGAGAGAGAGCCAGAUGUUUGAAAAUAAGAGGUGUCUUUUUUUUUUUUUUUUUUUUCUUUUCCUUUUUUUCCCGUAAUUUAGUAUAGUGUGUGAUCCGCCCCCCCUCCUUACUUGUACCCCUCACCCCUCCUGCCCCCCCCCCAGUGCCUCAGCCCUCUUGUCUUGUACCCGUUGCGUAUAAAAUUUCUACUGGAUAAUAAAAAGAUUGAUGAAAA